UCUUGUGUCCCCGCAGGCUGCCUUCUGGUACGGAAGAAGCAGAAGACCUAGAAGAUCUGACUGCUUGAAUAUUUUUACUGCUUGAAUGUCAUGUUUUGAGGCCGAUGCACUCACCUGCCAGGUCCUGGUAGUGUUUGUUCGCCAACUCCCUGGCUGGCCCGUGCCGUGCCCUCCCACCCGGGUCCCGGCUCUCGUUGCCCCGGGCCCUCCGUGGAGCCGCAGCUCCGGACCCGCCGCCGGGGGCGCAGCCGCGGCGGGACAGCAGAUGGCGCCCGCGCACCGCCCGUCGCGGGGCUCCGCGGCCUCCCCGUCCUGGGAACCGCACAGCCCAUACCGGCGCUGGAAUCCCCGCUGCUCCCUGUCCUGGGAACCGCACAGCCUGUACCGGCCCUGGAAUCCCCGCUGCCCCCCGUCCUGGAAACCCCACAGCCCGUACCGGCCCUGGAAUCCCCACUUCCCCCUGUCCUGGGAACCGCACAGCCCAUACCGGCGCUGGAAUCCCCGCUGCCCCCUGUCCUGGGAACCGCACAGCCCGUACCGGCCCUGGAAUCCCCGCUGCUCCACAGCCUCCGCCCCGGGCGCGGGAGGCGCCGCUUGCACGGGCGGCUCAGGGGGAUGUUCAGACAUUCCGCCUGUGGAACCCUCCAGGGGUGGCUCUCGGCGCAGGGGCCAUGGAGGGGACGCUGGCUCCCUCAGCCCAGUGCCCCCAGCACAUGCCACCCAGAGCCCUGUGGCUGAUCACUGCCACCCAAAGAUUGUGACCCAUCUCGGCACAUCGUGGCAGCCCAGCUGCUGGAAGAGAGUGAAUGGGGAUGCAAGAGACCCAGGGCUGUCCUUUCACCUGGGGCACCCCCACAGCAGCGAAGCAGGCCUUCCUCAGAGCUCCCGCUGCCUCUGGACCUCCUGGACAUUUGCCCUCAGUGCCAACAUCCCUCACAAGCAUGACAUGGGCCCUCAUGUGGUCAGCGAGGAGCAGGAUCUGGGAACCCAAAAUGCAAAUGUUCCCAUUGACUGA